AUGGCGCUGCAAUCCGUGAGGGGGGACGUGGAUACACGAGAACCUGCGAGUAUGAAAUUUUCCCGGGGACAACUGGUGGACAUGAAGAAAUUGCAGCAAGAGGCGGCACGGGCGGAGCACGUCGAGAAGUGCAACCGCAAGUUGGUGGACAAAAUGAUGAUGAUCAUGCAGGGGCUCUGCGGCACGAUAGUCUCCGAGCAGACGUUUCCGGACUUCAACCCAGGCACGCUGAACUAUCGCAUUCGGCAGCGCGAGCUGGUGCGCAUCGACCGCGACAAUCUGGCCCUGAUGCACCGCCUCGAGACCGCGUCCUCGGGCUACAACAAGGCGCUCGUCAAGCCCAAGUAUUUUCGACAGCCGCACAUGGGGUUGUUUCCGCGGUCCGAGCAGAGCGUAAAAUCGGCGGGAAGCAAGUCUCGAAAGCGAAUACGGCCGGGAGGGCCACCAACCGCGCCUUCCUGCGGUAGCGAGGGAAGGGCACCCUCUCCAUCGUUUCGUGCGGGGUGUGGCGGCGAUGGUGGUGGCCGCAGCGAUGACGGAGGGCUGGGAUGGGGGGCUAGCGUAACCUCGGCGUUGACUGAACCUUCCUCGUUUCCCACCACCACCCUAGGAAAAUUCCACGACGCUUCUUCCCCCGCCUCCGUGCGCAAAAACAGCGGGGGAUGGAGGGAGAGCGGCGCGGACGCGCACGCUUCAGAGCUGAGAAUCGAUGAGCCCGGUGACCUUGGCGGUGGUGACGGCGGCGGCGGCGUUGAUGGUGGGUCCGUACACCCGGCGACCGGGUUAGCCCGGACACCCCACCCUCCCUCGAUAUCCUCACGAGCUACUUGCGGCAGCCUCUCGGGCAAGGCUUCCUCAAAGUUGAGAAAGUGCCGGCGGUUGGCGAGGCCCACUGCGGCCAAGCCGGGCGCCACGGUGUUUCAAGGGGGAGUCCGAAUCGGCGAUGACUACGCCAUAGUGAUAGUCACCCGGGCGACCGAAGGCUUUGGAGACAACGGCACCCAGGGUUUCCGCAUCAAGGCAUACUUCCCCCUGUCCGUCUCGGUGUACACGCUGGGGGUCUCGGCCGAGCACCUCCCCGUCUUCACGGCUGGCAGUCACACCGCGGUGAGACGCCUGUUCCAGACCGGAGACAAGUCGAGGGGGAAGUGGGAGGGAGUGGUCGCUUGCCUGGAGCUGAGGCCGUCGACCGACGUUGCCGGCAUGCGGAAACCCGUCGAAUCAGUGCAGUCUGUAGAGGGACCAACACCAGCCCCCUCAGCAACGGCGACGGGGACGAGGUCACCCGCAGUGGCAGUACCCGCACCAGCGGCGGCUGGGGUACCAUCGGGAGGGAUGGACGGUACCGAGGAACGGGUAGGGGCGCCAUCCACCGGAACGGCAGGGGCGGCGACGGCGGCGACGGUGCCGAUGGCGGUGGGAGUCGAGAUGGUGUUGGUGCCCCCAGAAGACGCCCCGGUGCUCAUUGUUCAGAGGCUGGUCAGGGGGUGGCUGUCGCGGCAACAAUACCAAUCGCUCAAGCGGUCAGUCAUAGUGAUCCAAGCGGCCAUCAGGGGCUGGAAGUACCGGGUGGCGAAGCGGAAGCACGAGGCGGCGACGAAGAUAGCGGCCGUAUCCCGGGGGAAACGGUGCCGUAACAGGGUCAAGCGGGAGCGGGCUGCAAGGGGGAUCCAGAAGCGAACGCGCUCGUGGCUGAGGAAGCGCGAUGUUGAGAAGGACAGGGCAGCGAAGCAGAUCCAAGCUGCCGUCAAGCGCCGGCGCAAGCGCCUCGGGCAGGACAUGCGCCAUGUAGUACAGAAGGAAGAAUCGUCCUUUCUCGUAGAGGGAUCCUCCCCUGCAACAUCAUCAACAGCAAAGACGCCGCAUGCCGGCGUGGUCGGUGCGCCUGGCCAAGGUCGCGGCCACAAGCAACCACGACGGUCACCCAGAUUCGCCGCGACCUCGACCGGCAGUAACGACCGCAGCAGCAACAACAGCAGUGGUGGGCGACAAAAAGCUCUUGGUGGUGGUGGUGUGGACGAUGCUGGUAUCGGGUGUAGUAUUGGUGUAGGCGGUGGCGAAAGAGGUGCUGGCGAACGCGAAAGCAAAGAUACCGCUUCUGUCAGAAACGGCGCCGGUGUUGGAGGGAGCACGGGGAAGUCCGGGUUUCAGGUCUCUGGCGGCGGUGCCUCGCGUCGUGACCGUGGAAAAGGAGGAGCGAGUGGCAAGAAUUACAGCAGCAACGGAAUAAAGGGAAAAUUGGAGGUGGGGCGCUUACAGCGUCGGGAAAGAUAG